AUGCACAAUACGGCGAUAGGUCCGAACCCGGAAGAUGGCGCAACAAAUACACCUGUAGAGCAGUCCUGUGGUGGUGCGCUGCGCGUACCCAUUACGUUCACCCAGAUGUCUGGCCAACCCGGUCAGGAGCCAUCGCGAAGAAUCGUGGGCAACCAAGCCGCCAACAACCGCUUCUUGCUUUUUGUUCCAGUGCCAGGACCAAGGAAGGGCUGGACGCUUGAGAUUUAUACUGGCGUUGCGAUUGUGUUGAUGGCGCAGGGGAAUGGGGCAGGCGCGCUUGGCAUGGUUUACUCAGCACAGAAUCAUUCGGAUAUGGUGGAGCCUGGGCUACUACGUGAUCUUGUAUUUCGAUGGACUCGGAUGGUCCCCAGUUAA